UUUUGAGGUUUUUAUUUCACCUUUUAUAUUAUUUUAUUUUUAAGAAGGUUUAAAUUUCGACAAUUGUGUAAAGUCGGGUUAGAGAGAGAGAUUGCCCUAAUUUUGUGUGGAGAGCAGGCGGCGAUGAAGACGGUGACGGGAAGAGUAACGAGUGAGAAACCGAUCUCUCUCUCAAAGGCGGCUACGCUUCUCUCAAGCUUCGUUUCCUCUGAGACAGAGGCCUCUCAAGACGUUGCCGCGUACCUCCGACGCGCCUCAGCUGCCUUCACUGAGCUGAAGAGCUUCCAUAGAGAGAUUAGAUCCACCAAGGCAAAGGACGAGCAUAAUAAUCCGAGUGUCGAACUCGAGGAUAAGAAGAAGAAGAGCAGAGAAGAAGAAGAUGUUGUUGAGGAGAAGGUGAUGGUGAAGGUGGAAGAGGAGCAAGGGAAGAAAGAGAGGAAGAAGAAGAAGAAGAAAGGUGAUGAAGAUGUUGUUGAGGAGAAGGUGAUUGUGAAGUUGGAAGAAGAGAGGAAGGAGAAGAAGAAGAGAAAGAAGAACAGAGGUGAAGAUGUUGUUGAGGAGAAUGUGAAUGAAGAGAGAAAGGAGAAGAAGAAGAAACGGAAGAGCGAUGAUGGAGAGAUUGGUUCUGAGGAGAGAAAGAGCAAGAAGAAGAAGAGGAAAUCAAAGGAGAUUGAUGCUUGAACUUGCCUCUACUUUUGGUGAUCUUGGAGACAAUUUUGUAGUCUAAUGAUGUCCCUAAGAUUGAGAAAGAUUUGAUUUUGGUGACUCUUUGUUAUAGUCUUUAGUUAUCUUCAAUGGAGUUAUUGCCCUCUGUACCGUUACUAUAUCUGGAAGAUCCUUGAUUGCAAAGUUGCAAGCUUUUUAGAUUUUGGAUCUUGAAGUCGCAUGUUUUUUUUAUGUAAGGACUCAGUUCUGUUUAGGCUCUUGAAAGUCUGAUGCUUGAAACGCAUAGAACCGCAUAAUUGCUAUGGAGUUAAAGUU